AUGUUGGAUGUGAUAGCUUGCUCGCAGCAGCCUCUGUUUGGCCGGAAUCCAGUUUGUUCAGGUGGCAGGCAACUGCUGCUGCAGAGAGGCUCGAGUGAAAAUUCGAGGAUGAGUACAGAAGAUGCAGAAACUAAAAGCGUUUCGUGUCACGCUUACAUGAGAGCAAUGCCUAGUGACAUGUGCACCAGCCUCACGGUGCAGCUGUCGCACGAAUGUCGCUGCAAUUCGAAGAAGCACAUUUCAAUCGACGACGCAGUAAUGUCGCUCAUGGAUAUCAUUCAGAAGAAUGGCGUUUAUUUUGAACUGUGGCUGCAGAAGGUGCUUAAAGGACAGGCAGAACACAUUUUCAAUAUCACCAAAGUCGGCGACCCAGAUGUGCUUAUCUUCUACCUGUUUCCAUUCAUCUCUGCCGUCCAUCGCAUCCUAUUCUUGCGGUUUGUGCUGGUAACAGCGUUGUGCGACAUAAUCAAUAAUAUUAUGAAAUGGAUGCUUCACGGAGAGAGGCCGUACUGGUGGAUUUACGAAAGCGGCACGUACGUGGUUCCCCCCAGUCUGAAACAGUUUCCACUGUCGUGCGAAACCGGACCAGGUAGUCCAAGCGGCCACACAAUGAUCACUACUGCGGUAUGGUACAUCGUUGUUUGGGCAUACAUUAAGUACGUGAUUGGAAAAUCGAGACAAAGAUUCUUAUUGAGUACUUGCGCUUGGUGCCUUUAUGGUUUAUUGUUUGUGCUGGUUGCUGUUUCUCGUCUGUACAUUGGAGCUCAUUUCCCUCACCAAGUGCUUCUUGGCGGUAUUAUCGGAUUCUUUUUUGGAUGGCUGUUCACGCGAUUGCAAGUGGGGAUGUUACGCAUGAAGCACUGUCUGCUGACGGUGCUCGGUCUGGUCAUCCUCGCUGUGAUUGUCUACAACGGUAUGAUCCUGUGCGGCGUUGAUCCUGAAUGGUCAGUGAAACUCGCUCUCAAACAUUGCGUCGAUCCAAGCUGGGUGCAUUUAACCACGACUCCGCUGAACGCGCUGUUCCGCGACUGUGGCGCCAUAAUUGGCGUUGGUUUCGCGGUAGAGUCGAAAUACUUCAUCGAGACUUCCGGCGUCCUGCAUCGCGAUGGCAGUGAGGUGAUCACUUCCGUGGUCUCCCUCCUAUUAGUCCAGCUGUGCUCACACAUACCUCGACCAGUACACAACCUGACCUUGUACUACCUGGGUACCUUUGCGCAAUACUGCUGCAUCACGUUCGUGUCAGUCGCUCUGGUGCCAUAUGUGGUGAAAACCAUCUGGAACUUGAAGCAGUUCCCGAAAAGCGUCGGUUCAAUGGGACCGGGCUUGUUUCGCUCAAUGGCCAGACGGAAGGUGACGGCCAAUUUCUGA